GUGUGCGUGUGUGAAUGAAUAUGUGACCCAAAAUCCACAGCUGUAAAUGCAUGUCGGUUAGUGGGAACUUGUCCCUUACACAGUGUGGCGUUUUGCUGUUUCUGCUUCUCUUCGUCUUUCAUAUCAUCUACUUUGCCUUCUCAUGCUUCUUCUUUUCAACAAUUAUUAUACGAUCCUUAGUAGGGGCUCGCAAACCCAAGGACAAGUCUUUCCCUUUUUGCACCUCUGCAUUUCUCUCAUUUGUCUUUCCACGUUCCAUCACCUCAAACCACAUUAACAAAUCUCACCAAAAUAUUGCUUCCUAUGGUGCCAUUCAGUUACCCAUCUUCACUGUAAUUAGAACCUAUUAAUUGCAUAUUCACUUGCUUCAGUUCUCUUUCAUUCCAUCAUUACCUUUCCACGCUUGAAAAAGUUUCAUACUCUCUAGUUCUCAUUAAAAUAUGGGCCUUGAUCACCAUCUCAUUUGUGGUCAAAGACUUGGACUCCUUUGCAUUUGUCUUUGGUUUUUGAUUAUUUCAAGCUGGGUACAGAAAGGGUUGGUUAUUGAAGGUAGAAAGACUCAAAAACUUAGUGAUUUUCACCAGACAGUAAGUGAGGAUAAAACUAUACUGAGGCCACGAAUAGGGUCAAGGCCACCAAAAUGUGAGAGAAGGUGUAGGUCAUGUGGGCACUGUGAGGCAAUUCAGGUACCCACAAACCCCCAAGCCCAGAACAGAAAGAAAAACUCUUCUAAGUUUUCUGCACUUGCAUAUGCCAGAGUAGGUGGCAGUUCCAACUACAAGCCCAUGAGUUGGAAGUGCAAAUGUGGGAACCUCAUUUUCAACCCAUGAAUCUGAUUGUACCACAAUUAGUUUUUUUAUAUAAUCAAGGAUAUCAAUUUGUCAAUUUUGUACAUGAUUGAUUAUACACUCUAGUGAUUCUUUCUUUUUAUUUUUUUGGAGCCGUUAAAGUUCUUUUAUCAAAAUUUAUUCUGUACUUAUUUCA